AUGGGCAUAAAGAAGACCACCAAACUCAAGCCCUUACCAAAAGCAACUAUACAAGCAAGGAUCAACAAGAAACUCCCCCCUAAGCCUGAUAACAAGAGAAGUGGGAACGUGUCAGCGAGUGAGGAGGACACUGAAAGUGAUACAGAAGACUCAGCGGAGGUCACUGAAGAGGAAAUUAGUAACGAUGAGAAAGAGGAGGAGCAGGGAAGUAACGAAGAGCCAUCUGAGACGCAUGGAAGUGAGGACAGCAUUGAGGAGGAGGCUGAGGCGUUAGAUACUCAAAGAAAUAAAGACCGGACAGAGACCAAAGAAUCGGACAAAGAUCUUUCAAGUGAACCGGCCACAUCCAGCGAAGAAGAAGAGGAGAGUGAGAAGGAAGUUAAAGUAUGUCCAAAGGCUAUCCAUGAUGAGAGCGAGGAAGACGAGAUAACCCAUGAGGACAAGUCUGAAAAGCCAACAGCUGAUAAAGGCGGCAGACGACGCAGACAGACUCCACAUCCCUCGAAGCUUGCUCAAGGACCGAAAAACAAGAUGGACAAAAAAACCAAGGCAGAUAAGCAGGCGGAAAAGGCGGAGAAACAGAGAGCCAAAGCAGAGAAGAAGAGGUUAGAAAAGGAAGCCAAACAAAAAGCUAAGGAAGAAAAAAAGAAAAAGACUAAAACACAGAAAGAGGAAAAACCCAGUUCUGCAACGGAGGAGAUCGAAUCACCAAAAGGUAAAAGAAAAAGUACUCAUGAGAAAGAUGUUCCUGAAGAAACUGACCCAGAUGAGGAAGAGGAGGAGGAGGCUGAAUUGACCAAAGCCAUCAAAGGCCAAAACCGAAUGAUGCUUCUCAAAGAUAAAGGUAAAGACCUCAAGAACAUUCUGAAGGUGGAAGAACAGCAGGACGCUGUCGUCAAAGGGCUUCCACAGAGCUUGCUCUUGGGCAAAGUCAAGAUGUCAUCUCUCCAGCACAAAGCAAAUAAGAUGUUAUCCAAACCGGAAGAGGAUUCAUCAGAGAGUGAGGCCAUUGAUGUGGGGUCCAGCCGACCCAUGGAACGUUUGAUAGCACAAAGAAAAGGUAUGAACACUCUUCACCGAAUGUCUGGUUGGCUUCAGAAAAACAUGCCCCGGGGGUUAAACAUGAAAAAGAAGCUUUCCGCUUGGACUAAAGCCAUCGGUUUUUCCCAUUGGCUAUCCUUUCGGACCAUAAAACAGAAGCAAGGGCCCAGAAAAGCUAAGGGCAAUAUUCUCAAACAUAGGAUGGCCAUGAGAGUUGCCAGUAAAACCAGCCUGGCCAGUCAGAAAAAAAAGAGUUCCUCUGUGGACAAAAUGGGUAAAGAGAGUUCCAACCUCGUGGAAAAUGCAGGGGACGGAGGGGAGGAUGCGGUCCUACCUGGGGAGACAGAAGUAGAAGCCAAAUACGCGGUGGUAUUCCCCAGGAUGAACAAACUGGGCAAGGCAAAGACAGCCAACGUGCCCCAGGCAGCUGCUGGACACGCUACUGCCUCAAGUGCCACUGGACCACCAGGGGAACCCACUACAUCACAGCCAAAAACCCCAAAACCAGGUGCCAGGCUGGUGCUCCCUGUUAAACCAGAUCUCAGCCUCCUGAAGUCCAUCAAGAAGACCUUGCCAGGAGCGUUACUGGCAGGUACAGAUGUGUCAGAGAGGAGCCCUUGGUCCAGUGGUGCACCGGAGGCAUCAUCCAACACUGAGGAUAGAAACAGGAGAGCAGUCCUAGACAAUCAAGACGGAGUGAAUGUGCUACAGGCUGCAAGAGGAAAACUGGACCCCUCCAAGAUCAACCUGACUAAGAUGUCCUUGUCAGGGGGAACAAUCAAUGGUGGUCUGACUCGGGUCAAGGGGCAAAACCCAGAGAGAGAAGCUGCAGCUGGGAUUCCCAGGUCCACCACUCAAUUUCAAAAUGGGGAGGCAGGUGCUGUGAUAUCAGGUGUCCGGUCCUUGUAUGAAGAAGAGGCAGACAGGGAAGUGGCCCAGCUGAUGGGUGAGGGUGGUAUAUAUACGACCGCCCAAUCAGAGGUGCACUGGGCAGGUAACCCGCGGAUGAGUGGGGACCCUCAGGAUUGGCUGCGUGCUGAGAACCUGUUGCCCCACCAAACAGUGGAGAAGCUAACCAAAUGGACAGUUUAUGAUGAUAUGGGCCAGGCCAGGACCGUCCCUGCUCACAAUGGCAGGGGCCCCUGGGAAUCAGAGGACCCCACCCAGGACAUGCUGGAGAGUCGAUUGAACAACACACAGGACGAACGUGAGAUAAGAGAGACGGUGAAGAGGGAACAGGACGAGGCCUACCGCGUGUCUUUAGAAGCCGACCGUAAAAAGAGAGAGGCCCAAGAGAGAGAAGAGGCGGAGCAGAAUCGCCUGGAGCGGAAAAGAAAGGAACAGGAGGACGAGAAGGAGAAGAGCCCUGAGGCCCGGAGAGGGGCCUUUCUGAUCCCCUACUUUUUGACCUUGGUGUUUGCUGGGAUACCUCUCUUCUUCCUGGAGACGUCUCUUGGACAGUUCACCUCAGUGGGAGGAAUGGGAGUUUGGAAACUAGUCCCUAUGAUGAAAGGUGUUGGUAUAGCUUCAGUGGUUCUGGCCUUCUGGCUCAACAUCUACUAUAUUGUCAUCAUCGCCUGGGCACUCUACUACUUAUUCAACUCCUUUGGUUCGGAGCUGCCUUGGCAAAGUUGUGAUAACCCUUGGAACACAGAAAAAUGUUUUUGCAACUACAGCCUGACAGACACCACCAACCUGACCAGUGCUGUCACCGAGUUCUGGGAGCGUAACAUGCACCAGUUGUCCAGUGGGCUGGAGGAGCCAGGAGAGCUGCGCUGGCCCUUAGUGGGCACCCUUGGGCUGGCCUGGAUCCUGGUCUACUUCUCAAUCUGGAAAGGAGUGGAGUGGACAGGAAAGGUUGUGUACUUCUCAGCCACCUAUCCCUACAUCAUGCUGAUCAUCCUGUUCUUCCGUGGGGUCACUCUGCCUGGAGCCAUAGAUGGGAUCCGCUUCUACAUCACUCCAGACUUCAAUAAGCUCCUCCGCUCUGAGGUGUGGCUGGAUGCAGCAACUCAAAUCUUCUUUUCUUACGGACUGGGCCUGGGCUCGCUCAUCGCACUGGGGAGCUACAACCCCUACAACAACGAUGUAUACAAGGACUCCCUCAUAGUGUGCGGUAUCAACUCCUGCACCAGCAUGUUCGCUGGCCUUGUCAUCUUCUCCAUUGUAGGCUUCAUGUCCCAUAUCACUAAGAAACCAGUCGCUGAAUUAGCAGCAUCAGAGUAUCAGUGA